AGCCGGGUGCCUCCCGCGGGCGCUGGGAGGCUGGCUGGCUACCCAGAGUGCAGCAGGCAGGCAGGCGGCAGGCGGCGGCCAGCACCGGGCUGCUGGCGCUCUCCCGGCCCGCCGGCGCAGCGGGAGCCGGGCCCAGGCGGCGGCGGCGGCGGCGCGGCCCAGAAUGCGAGUGUGAGAUGCUUCCCCCGGCAGCGGCGCCCCGGGCCCAGGCGGCGGCGGCCCCCGCGUGGAUGAGGCUCUGGAGCCGGCGCUUCGCCCUGCACAAACAUUUCUAUAGGACUCAUUCGCCCUGCUGAGGAGAUCGGAUCGGCCCCGCACGGCGCGGCGCGGCCCGGCCGCCUCAACCUCCCCCGCCCCCGUUCCUCCGUCCCCCGCGGCGCCCUCACGGGCUGCCGGCCCGAGGGCCAUGGAGGGCCCCGGCGGCGCCUCGCCGCUCAGCCCCGCGCUGGUGGGCCGCCUCCGCCAGGAGCAGCAGAAGGUGGUCACUAGCUGCCAAGAAAAAAUCCAGCACUGGAAGAAGGUGGAGAGUGAUUAUGAGGCUCUUCAGGAACGACUCCGUACGUUGCCUGAUAAACUGUCCUAUGAUAUCAUGGUACCUUUUGGUCCUCUUGCCUUCAUGCCAGGAAAACUUGUCCACACCAACGAGGUUACUGUUCUGCUUGGGGACAACUGGUUUUCAAAAUGCUCAGCGAAGCAGGCUGUUGAGCUAGUUGAGCACAGAAAAAAACAUGUAAGGAAAGCACUGGAUGAUUUGCAAAAAGUCAUGAAGAAUUUUGAAUCACGUGUUGAAUUUACAGAAGAUUUGCAGAAAAUGAGUGAUGCUGCAGGUGAUUUUGUUGACAUAAGAGAAAAAAUUGAAGAUGAUAGCAUUGAAACAAAAGGGAAAUACAGAACAGCUCACAAACCUCAUUCAAAGCCAAAAGUAUCAAAUGCUUUUGAGGUAGAUUUUGCAACAAAUGGAAGUGACAUGAAAUCAAUGGGCCGUUUUCAGUCGGAGGAGGAACUGUGGGCCCGCUUAGAAGAGCUUGAGAGACAAGAAGAGAUAUUUGGUGAACUUGACAGAAUGCCUGAUACAGUUGAGACAAAUGGAGAAGAUACAACCUCUUCUGAAGAGGAGAAAGAGGAUAAGAAGACGGAUCUGAAUGGGACGUACAGAGCAGAAGACUGUAUUACUCAGGGCAACUUCCAGAAAGAAGUAACAAAUUCAGACUUGUAUGGUGGCCAAGUUAAUGGCUCUACUUAUUAUCACAGUGAUGAUGAAGAUGACAUAGAUGUUGGAGAUAGCUCUAUUCCAACUAUUUUUUUCUCUCAUACUGUUGAACCUAAAAGGGUAAGAAUAAACACAGGAAAAAAUACUACUUUAAAAUUCAGUGAGAAGAAAGAAGAAGCCAAGCGUAAAAGGAAGAACAGCAAUGGCAACGGCCAUGCGACUCCAGAACUGCCUAAUAUCAAAACCCCAGCAGACAUUUACCGAGUCUUUGUUGAUGUUGUGAAUGGAGAAUAUGUCCCUCGUAAAUCAAUUUUGAAGUCUCGAAGCAGAGAGAAUAGUGUUUGUAGCGAUACCAGUGAGAACAGCGCUGCUGAGUUUGAUGACAGACGAGGAGUUCAGAGGAGUAUUAGCUGUGAUGAAGCUACUCAGAGUGACAACAGCGAAGGCAUACUGGAGGAAGAGGAGGAAGAGGGGCAGCAGCUACCAAAAAAGCUUCCUCCCUCUUCAGGGACAACUGAGGCAUUUUCUGGAACUGUUAUAGAAAAGGAGCCUUUAUCUCCCUCCUUAAUACCACACCCAGUCAUUGCUCACCCUGUCCUGCCCACCAUUCUGGAGCGAAAGUCAGAGGAAGUUUCGUCUGAAGGGUCAGAAGAAACUACAAAGAGGAUUUCAAAAUUCAAAGCUGCCAGAAUGCAACAGACUAACUAGGUCUUGCCUAGACCGCUGAAGUUUGAGUAUUAAUGCCUAGGUUCACAUUUGUUGAGAUUAUGUAAAGCUAUAUGCAUUACACCUAGGUAGUUAAAAGGGUGUCCUACGUUGAUUUGGCAUUGUUCAAAUCAAACUUCUUCAUUCAAACUUCUGUUGGCAACAUAUAAAAAAAGUUCAGUGUUUGAACACUUGAGUAUUCAUCUUUUUCUUUUUUGU